GCAGAGAAUUUCCCCAGAACAGCGAUGACCGUUACCACCACAGGGAGUACCUUGGAAGUAGACCAAGUCAAGCAGGAUAUAUGCUCAUUGGGGGCAUUGUUUGCCUUUUGAUCCUUGCUGUUCCAGAGGACCUCCCUGUGGUAGUAACAGUCAUCGCUGUUCUGGAAAAAUUCUCUGCAACUGCUGGUUUCAGUACAGCCUACAUUUAUACUGCAGAACUUCACCGUACCUUUGUUAGGAAUAGUGGUUUCGGCCUAAACUCCAUGUGUGCACGUGUGGCGGGCAUCCUUGCUCCACUCAUCAGACUGCUGGAGGUCUACCAUUACACCAUCCCCAUGCUGACAUAUGGGAUCAUCCCAGUUAUUGCUGGAGGUUUGGCUUUGUUACUGCCUGAGACCCUCAAUGUUGAACUUCAACAACACACUGAACUGAAAUAA